AUGAACGAGCACGUGGCAGCUCAGCAAGCGAACCAGGUUCUUUGGCUUGCCGCCACCGCCAUGAGCGUGUUCUUGCGCUUGAAUGAGCACUGCCGCAGAUUUUCCUGCGAUGUGGAGAUGUUUGCGGUAGCCAUCUUCGCUAUCUUAGGCUUCUGCAUACCGCAUGCUGACCUAUACGAGCAUAGUUUCGAUGUGCAUGAGAUCAUGGCAGCGACGUUCGAACCGGUCGCUCUGGCACUAUCAGCGUCAGCACUGCCAUUGCGGUGCUCCAGGUUCCUCCUUGUCGUGUUCUCAUACAGCGCGUCCUUCCUGAUCCGGUAUAUCCUGACCAAGAAUGCCGCUUACUUGGCAGAUGCCGCCUUGAUAUUCGUGAUCCCCUUGUUUGCAUGCCUGUGCCUGAUGCAGCGUGAUCGGCUCCUGCUGGAGGGCGUGGCGGCAGAGAAGCAGUUGGAGGAGUGCAUGGCCAAGAUGGUCGCGCAAGAAGAGGAGGCCACGACUCAGCAGGUCGCAGCGGCAGCUAUGAGGUCGCUGCUGAGGCAGCACACCGACGUGGUUGUGACCCUCACAGACAGGCUGACGAUAGCUCAGUCGUCCCAUUCGUUGGAUGCGUUCUUUGGGCAGGAGAUGCGGGGGCGCCCGCUCUUGUCGGUGAUCCCUUCCUACGAGCAUCAGCAGAUCGUGGACGCUAUUCAGGAGGUCGUUUCGCAUCGUCGUCCUGCGGCAGCAACAGCAACCUUACCUCUUGGCCCAGCACGUUUGGUUAUCGAGUGUGCAGGACGUGAGAAGCCGCUGCACUUCUUCGUGGCAAUAACACUUCAGGACCGCAGCUCGCGCGAAGCUGUCCUGGAUGCCGCCGUCGAGGAGGACAACAAGAAGUUCACGCAAGCCUCGACUGACCCAAAGGAGCCAUAUCUUUGGUGUUUGGAAGGCCAUGGCCACUCGUUGAUGGCGAUGAUGCCUGCAGCCGCCAAGGCCCAAGGAGCCAUGUUCACAGACCCGCUGGUCAACUCGAAGUGCCCUUCCUCCGGAUCCUGCAACUCUCCCCGGAGCUCCCAGCAGAGUCGGAAGGACAAGGACACGUGGAAGCAUGCAGACGAGCUCUUGUCGAUCUCCUUGACAAACACUGACCCACUGUCGUCCUCCCUCCAAUCCGCCGAGAAGAAGCACGAGAAGAGAGAAGAUAAGGAGAUUCAGGUCAGCAUGGAGACUGUGUCAUUGGGUAUCACUCAAAGUGUCCAGACAGAGUUCACCUGGGACCAAGAUGGCAUGACAUGCUACCAUUGUCUGAUGUCCCGGCCUCCUCGGCCGGCCAUCGCCGAAGGCAGAGGUUCUAGUUGGACAAAGCCAUCGUCAGGUGGUUCCCGAAGGGUCCGCCGAAACUCUUCGCGCGUUAGCCUGCGUAAUGCAGACGAUGCGUGCCCUGGCUGCGACUGCCACAUGAGGGGCCCAGGGCACUGUGUGGACUUGUAG